AUGAUGAUGAGAACGGCGGGAACGACGACGACGUCCCUCCCGUCUUCUUCUUCUUCGAGCAGCAGUUACGGCAUGAGCUGUUCGAGAAGAACGAAGACGACGACGCGUUCUCUCUCUUGGUCUUCUUCUGACUCGCGACGACGAUUAUAUCAUCAUCUUCUUCAUCAUCAUCAUCGGCGCGUUAUCAUCGCUUCUUCUUCUUCUCGUCGACGAAGACGUCGCCCCGGGGCACAAAACGCGAGGAAGAUUGUGUGCGAGACAGAAAGAAGCGACGACGAGAACGAAAGGGGAAGGAGCGCGCAGCAGCAGCAACAGCAGCAGCAGCAAAUGUACCCCGAGAACUCCCCAUCAUCAUCGAUCCAAGAGCAACAGAGACGGUACCAAUCGCGAGGAGAGGGCGGCGGGGUGGGCGGCGGCGGCGCGGGCGAGAGUUUCGUCCAAGCGAUCGGUAAGAAGUGCACGAACAAGAGCGAAGACGAACUGUCGUCGACGACGAGGGUGAGAAUGCUCGCAACUCCGUCAUCGAGAGCACCAACGAACGCGUUAAAUAACAACAACAAUAAUAAAUCGUGGCAAUAUUUGACGUGCACCGGCGAAACUAUGGACGACGACGACGAAAACGAACACGAGUGCCCGUGGGAGAGCAGCGAAGAAGACGACGACGAGGAAAGUGAGAAAUACGAAAAGAACGAAGACGUGGACGAAGACGCGAAGAAUAUUUUCGACGCGUACGUAGAAGAUGAUGAGAAGAACAGCAGGAGCAGCAGCGGUGGCAGCGGCGGCGGUGCGGAGAAAAUGAGCUCGGCAGAAACCGCUUCGAAAUUUUUGAAACGACUGAAACGAUUAGCCGAGAAGCGAAAAUUGGACGAGUUACUCCAAUUUUUAGACGAAAACGCCGCAUUCGUGGCGACGUUGAAAAGCAAUAAGAAACUGUGCAGAGCAAUUGCUUCGGCGUCGGUAGCAGCCGCGGCGAAAUGCAGAGACUUUACGUUUGCAACGAUGCUUUUGAAAGCCGCCGAAGGUCCAUUCGCGUGCGGCGUUUCGUCCGCGGCGUAUUCGUCCAUCAUCAUUGAAGCCGGCCGCGUGCACGAUUUAGAUUUAGCUUUGACGGUAUUCGAGUGGUGGAAGAAAGGAAGAGGUCCAAUUAGCGCGCAGUUUGGCGCGUCGGCGAAUAAGAACGGCAAAAUGUUUGUCGCAAACUCGUUCUUAUGGAGCGUAGACGAUGUCCCGAAAGGUGUCAACCGUCACGACCGCGUCGGCGUGAAAUGGCAUCCGCGACGAACUGCGCCGAGUCGAAUGUUGUUUUCGCUCUUGGACGCCUGCGCAGAAUGUGGAGACGUUCGUCGCGCCAUCGAUAUGAAAAGCGAAAUAUUAUCCUGGGAAGGACGAUUAAAACAUCCAGACGAUUUUGAACGCGCAUGGUGCUCUCUUUUGAAAGCGCACUCGAGAAGUUCGGAGCCUUUGAAAGCGUUGAGCGCGUUCGAGGAAAUGCUGAAAACGAACGAAACGGAGACGAAGAACAGUCUGUUGGCGCACAAUAUUCUCAUGUCCGCCUGCGUUAAAGGUGGUCGACCGGAUUGGGCCCGAGACAUGUUAGAUAAGGCAAAGGAAAAUGGAUUGAAACCAGAUUCAAUAUCGUACGCGACGUGCGCGGCUGGAGAAACGCAAGCCGCUCGCGGGAUUUUAGGAUCGGAUUACGCCUGCGACGUGGAAACCUUGAAGCGAUUGUUUCGCGAGUACACGGAAAUUCCAAGAAGGAACAAAAUCGCGUACGGUGCGUUCGUUUCCGCGUUUUUGCGCAGAGGCGAAACGAACUACGCGAUUGAGGUUCUCGAGCACGCGCGAAAUGACGGGCCGUCUUCGUCUCGAAAGAAGAAAACGUCGAAAACAGGUGCCAGAGAUUCCUCCUUUGCGGUUUCGCCAAACUCGUACUUUUUGGUCAUGCGACACGCGGCAAACGAAGGCGACGUCGAUGGCGUGAGAAAACUCUCCGAAAUGCUCCGCGAGCAUCCCAAAGACACCGCUUUGUUGCGAUCUGAGGCAGCUUUGUACGAAUCGGAGGCAUUCGCGGCGGCAAACGACGUCGAAGGCGCGAGAGAUGCCAUCUUUCGCGCGCAAAACGUGGGCGAAACCGAAGCCGCAAAGGUGUUGAGAGAAGCGAGCGAGAAAGUCUUGGUAGCUUUGUUCGUUGAAAACGAAAUGGACGAGAAAGAUGUGUCCCCAAAGAACGUGCCAAAGGCGAGAAACGUUGCGAGAGCGUUGAGUUUACUCGACGGCGCUUGGAGUUACGACGAAUUCGAUCAGGAAACCGGGAAAGGCCAGUUCCCGAAACCGCCUCCAAAAGAAGGAUACGAAAAAGCCGUCGAGUUCGGAAACGUCUCUCCGCUAGCAUUUAAAGCUGGUUUGAAUCCGAACGAUUCCAUCGAAGAGGCGAGAGAUUCGGACGCUUUGCGAGUAUAUUCCUGCGAAGAGUUGGUCGAAAUGAGCAUGUUAGCCCGACGCAUGGACUCUGGUCGCUUAGUAUUAGAGCAAGCGGACGAAAAUGCAAAGUGCGAAAAAGACGUGCUCGUUUUAGAUGGCUUUGGCGAACCCAUCGGUGUUUUAGAACGAAACAGCAAGGAAAGAGGAGAAGACGUGGAGGAAUUCGCGUCCGCGGAGACGCUGAUGAACUCGUCGCUCCUCGUCUCCGCAACUCUGAAAACGUCCACGAUUGGCGAAGUCGCUUUGGCGUGCUUCGAGAAUACAAACGAAGUACCAGUCGCCAUCGUCGACGAAAAGACCAAAGUGUUGAUCGGAGCGAUAUUCCGCGAAGACUUGUUCGAGAAAACGAAAAGCACGAAUUGUAACGCUCCGACGACGAACAGAGAAGAGGAAGACGCGAAGGCGGAGGUUGGUGAAAACAACAACAAAAAGAGCGAUCCCAGAUGA